AUGCCAGCUCCUCUGGUAUUCAACGAAAACGCAGAAAAGUUCUUCGCCCGUCGUGACAGACUGCAAAAAGACGGUGUACAAUUCGUGGACCCCAAAUCGCCGCACGAUGUCCUCCUCUACGUCGACAUUCCAUCUGCUGUGAUGGACCAAAGCUACGGAAAUGUGUGCGAGGCUAUUAGCGACAAGGUCGCUUAUCGCUUGAAGUGGUCUCAGUUCAAAGACCCAGGCUGCUUGCCCCAGAACGACAAGACUCGAAUUAAACUGACCUAUCAGCUGAACGAUCUCCCGGACCACGAAGAUACGCAUACCACUAAGGUGCUGUAUCAGAGAAUGUUGGAGCAUCUCGCAUCUCGCUUUCACUUUCAGGAGCCGUAUCGCCGCUACAUGGAGGUCAACAAGUGGCAGGAGUUUUUUGAGGCUCUGAUUAUUCAGGAGUGGAAGCAGUGA